AUGUCUUGUAUGUUGGGUUGUUCUAAUGGCACCGUCGCGAUCGCUACCGCCAUGGUUUUCUCAAGCACUGCUCUGUUUCUUGCGAUGACUCGUCAGUUCCAUGGAAACCAAACCUCUAAGAUUCAUGAUCAGGCUCCAAAACCAAUCCUUCGCUCUUCAGAGCAAACGAAGAAACAGAGGAAGAAGAAGAGAGUGCGAUUCGCGGAGAAUGUGAAAGAGACGAAAGGGAACGGGAAUGAGUACCGGAGGAGGGAGUUGAACCGGAGAACCUUACCGGAACCAGUGAUUAAACCGGGAAAGUCCGGUUCGGUUUGUAGAAUCUCCACGAUGCCAGCGAACCGGAUGGCUUUGUACAAUGGGAUUCUCAGAGACAGAAAUCACAGAACUCAAUGUUCUUAUUGA